AUGCCGCUUGAAGGUGGGGGAACCCGCUGGUGGGAUGGGUGGCUCGCAUUUUGUCUCAUUUUAUCUCGAGCCAUUCAUUUGAUCUCAUCUCUCACAUGUGUCUCUUUUGUUUUUUGUUGUUUUUCCUUUUCUUGUGACAAGGGCGGGCUUGCCGACAACCGUAACGGGCUAAGGUAUGCUGGGAACGCGUGCAUAGAGGGGAUGAGUGACACAGACGGGCCACGACAGCCCUCAGAGAGUGUGGCUUUCGUAGUUGAGCUUGAGCAGGAUAUGGGCCGCACUGAGAUUGAGAUUGUGGAGAAAGAGGAACGAAAAAAUAUUGUGUGUAGAUACAAGGACGCUUUUUCCCUUUUAACGAGCGCAGAAAAAUGCAUCCAUGCCCUGACAUGCUGUGGUUGCCCUAAUAAUUCCUCCUGGAACACUGACAGUGGCGGGAGGGCUGCUUUGAGGGAGCGGUGGGGACGACGGUCCAACAUGCGUCCGUACGCGAUGGAUGCAACGGACAUGCAGCAGCGCAAGCAGGGUUCAAUGGCCUUUUCUCUUAGUGUACCACCGUUGGUAUGGCCGUGGAAUCCGCUACGGGCAGGUGCAUUGCAAAAGUCUGCGACACAAAGUGAAAAUGGCUUCUCACACAUCGCGAGGACGCCUGCCGCAGAGACGAGGAAGCGCCACGGUGGUCUUUGCUCUGCAGCGAGCGAACGCCUUACGUGUGGCUCACUGUCUGUGUCACUGCGUGGCGACAAGCAACUUCACGAAGACGGUAAAAAACGAAGAUGGAACAGCAGCAGUAACCUCUGCAGCAAGGCAGGUGCUUCACGCUCCGUGUCGUUGGCUCCUAACGAUUUAGUUCGUUUGCAGAAAAAGACGGUCUCUCAUCCCCUGGUAAGAAGUCAACCCUCAGUGGGUAGCCAAGGCUUCCCCAGUAGAAGAGAGUACCAUUCCUUGAACACGCAAACGGAUUUCCCCAUCAGACUUCCCAAGGCUCUCAUUGAUGACCGGUUUAGACGACUGAAUACAUUGCAGGAUCUUCUUCGCAUGGAAUUGGAGCGGGAGGCCCUUGAGGACUGGCAAGUUCUGCGGGAUGAGUUCAUAAGGUUGGGCUGUAAACCGAUGGAAGUAAAGCAGCUGGGACGCAAUCGGCGAUGCGAAGCUGGCGAUUUGGAGGGCCGUGCAGGAGCGACGGUGGGAAUUUCCAUUUGGGAGAGAGAAAAACGUCGCCAAGAGAGAAGAUUUUGGGCACUGGAGCUCCACAACUAA